AGUAACUAUUGGACAGCUGGACCACCACAUUCUUGUUCGUAGGCUUUCGUUCCGACUUAUCGAAGAGGACACUCUGGAAUCUUCUUAUAGUUCUAAGUCACUGGGGAUCUGGGAAAGUUAUGGAGUUUCUCCGGUUGGCACUGGCAUUUCUCAAGGCACUGGUUUUCAAGCUCGGAUGUAUGAUCUUCUCGAGCAAGAGCAGCAGCAAAAGUUUAAGCUUGCCGCCAUCGCCACGGGCAGUUCCACUCCUGGGCCAUCUCCAUCUUCUCGGCAAGCUCCCCCACCAGUCCUUGCAAAAGCUCGCCUCGAGGUAUGGAGACGUGAUGCUCCUCAAGCUCGGAAGCCACAGGACGCUUGUCAUCUCCUCCGCCGAGGCUGCUCGAGAGGUGCUCAAGACACACGACCACGUCUUCUCGUCCAGGCCUUCCACUGUCGCUGGCAAGAUCUUCGGCUAUGGAGGCGCUGGCCUGGUUUGGGCACCUUAUGGAGAACACUGGAGGACCGUCAGGAAGCUGUGUACGCUGGAGCUCCUCACUGCCAAGCGCGUGGAGACGUCCCAUCCCGUUCGGAAGCGCGAGAUGGCGUUCGUGCUGGACGAACUCUCUCGCCACCAGCAGUCGGACAAGCAGCUCGAGGCGGUGGAUUUGACGACGAAGCUCUCGGAUCUCACCUUCAACAUCAUGACGAAGGUGCUGAUGAACAAGAGCUACUUGACGGGAACCUCGGCCGAGAAGGAGGCGGCGGUGAGAUUCAAGGACUUGCUCACGGAAGCGUUUGUGGUCGGGACGAGUUGUCUCAGCGAUUCCUUCUCGUGGUUGGCAUGGGUCGACCCGCAGGCGAGGAAGAUGGAGAGGAUCCACCAGCAGCAGGACGCGUACUUGUGUAAGCAGAUCGCCGAGCAUCGCCAGCAGCCAGGCAGCAACGGAGAUUUCCUCGACGUGAUGCUGGCUAUGGAGGAACUGAGCGACACUUCCAUCAAAUCACUCAGCCAGGACAUCCUCGCGGCAGGAACUGAUACUACCGCUGUGACAGUGGAGUGGGCUCUAUCCGAGCUUGUGAACGAUCCAGCGCUGCUUCGCCGUGCCCAAGAAGAACUCACGGAAAUGGUCGGGGACAAAGCCAUGCUGGACGAGAGCGAUCUUCCAAAGCUCCGGUACCUCCAAGCAGUCGUCAAAGAGACACUCCGCCUCCAUCCCGCCGGGCCACUGCUCCUCCCACACGAAUCCACAGAGGCUUGCGUGCUGGAGAACUACACCAUCCCCGCGAAAACUCGAGUGAUCGUCAAUGCGUAUGCGAUCGCGAGGGAUCCGCGGUGGUGGGACGAGCCUCUCAAGUUUGAUCCCGAGAGAUUUCUCGAGAAGUGCCAGGGAAUGGACGUGAGAGGCCAGAGCUUCGAGUACUUGCCCUUCGGAUCCGGAAGGAGGGGCUGCCCAGGCGUGACUUUGGGAAUGACCACUGUGAUGUUCAUCCUGGCGAACUUGAUCCAUGUUUUCGAUUGGAAAUUGGCGAGCGGGGAGGAGAUGGACAUGACCGAAGCGUUCGGGGUCACGGUUCCCAGAGCUUCUCCGUUCAAGCUCGUCCCAUCUUCUCGGAGGGUUUAAACUUAAAAAUGUUAAACAUCUAAAUCGUGCGGCUGGGAUUGGCCGUGGAGCUUGUUGCCA